AUGACCGCCGCGCUCAGACAGACCGUCAACAUCGGACGGAUGCAAGGAACCGCCAUCAGACGGUGCAUGACCAGUGUCAGGAACAACACCAUCCCCAAGUCCCCGAGCUUCAUCCCCGCCACAAACACGAACUGGACCCGGGCCCAACACACUACUGCUGCCGCUGCCGCUGCCGCCGUCCACACCACCACCACGAUGAGACCUCACCCCGAGUCGUCGUCCUCCUCCUCCUUCUCAACCACCCCCAAAACAGCACAAAUGGAAAUCGACCACUUCCGCUCCAUCCCCUGGGUCGCCAAGCACCUCUCGAAACCCCACCUCGUCAUCACCCAAGCCGACAGCCGCCAACCCAAGCCGGGCCACUGCGACGUCUUGUUUUCCCAGACGCUCAACAGCCCCGAGACCAUAUCCGCCUACAUCACCACCGUCGACGGGUCCGAAGAGGGACUCAUCACCGAAACUUUGGCUUUCCUGACUCUUGGCAACAAACUCAACGGCUGGCCUGGCGUCUGCCACGGCGGCAUGGUCAUGGCCAUGAUGGACGACCUGACGGGCCAGCUGUUCACCCAGAACAAGAAGCUCAAGAGGAUGCAGAACCUCCCGCUUAUGACGGCGUACCUGAAUACUACCUUUGUGAAGCCGGUGAGGACGCCGUGCACGAUUAUGGUCCGGUGCAGGAUUACCAAGGUGGAGGGACGCAAGUAUUGGAGCGAGGCGGCGAUUGUGGUGGAGGAUGAGGUGACGGGGGAGGAGGUCGAGCUGGCGAGGUGUGAUAGUUUGUUUGUCAUGUUGAAGAGUAAUCUUUGA